AGAAACAUGGGUGGAGGACUAGGACACUCUCUUCUUGCUUACAAAAGUGCAUUGCAAGGAAUAGGAAAGCUUCAGGUCAAUGAAGCUCGCUUGAGUGAAGACUUGGACCAAUCAUGGGAAGUGCUUGCUGAACCAAUACAGACUAUCAUGCGGAGAUACGGCGUUCCAGAGCCUUACGAGAAGCUGAAGGAGCUGACAAGAGGAAGAGCAGUCACCAAAGAAAGUAUACAAGAAUUUAUCCAGGGCCUGGAAUUGCCAGCAGAAGGAAAGACACGGCUUCUGAGUUUAACACCGCAUUCCUAUGUGGGAGCAGCUACUGAAUUGGCCAGAACAGUAGAUUCAGCUGUUGAAUUGAUAAGGAAAAUUGACAAUAUGUAGUAGUAUAAUCUCUGCUGUAAAAUUCAAACAAUUUUGGACUUUCUUAUUGAGUUGCCCUGAAAAUUUCCCAAUUUUCCCUUGUCAUCUUUCUUGAUACCAAUAUCGGAAGAUAACAAGGAAUAAUUUUUUUUUCUCAGUUUUUCUAGAUGAAAGCUGAAGCUUUUUUUUUUUUUUUUUGGACAGAGGAAGCUCAAAAUUUUUGUUCUCUAUUCCAGAAUAAUAAUUUUUUAACUUU